AUGCUAAGAUCGGCCCUCUACGAUCCACGCAACCAAACUAUUGAUCUCAUCAAUAAGUGUAUUUACAAGCAAUCAGAGUUGUUCGUACGAGGUGGACCGUUGGAUUUGGAUAAGAUUGUGAAGGCAGUGCAUGAUUUCAUGCAAGAAUUUCGUCCACGGGUUGAAGAUUGCGAUGCGGUUAAGACUGCGAUCCAUUCGGUGGAGCUUGCCGUUCAACGUCUCGUUACCGGCGCAAAAGCAUCGGUGCUACCUACAAAUAUGGAAGAUGCUGUCCAGCGACUAGUGGCCAAGAUUGUUUAUGAUGUAACGGGACCGGGUUUGCGGAAUCUGCAUACAUUUUUGAAGGACAAUCCAGAUGCACGCAAACAUCUCGAUGACGCGAUCAAGAAAUUUCCGCAAAAUAUUGAGUUUAUUGUUUAUCAGCUCAAGAAGAUGGAUAAAAGUGAUCGCGAAACACCUGAAAUGUCUGCUGAAUAUCUGAAGGUACACGAAUUUGUGAAUCAGGUAUGUAAGGAUUCAGACGCUUUCGAACGAACGGGUGUUUGGCCAGCAGAGGAGGAGGCAAACGAUGCAGGACAACAGGCAGUUGCUGUUGAGACCGUGAAAACCACGCUCAGACGAUCAUUCCAGCCAGAAGCAGGGCACUUCGCAGAGGCUGCCCCUGAAAACGAAUCCGUAGUGCCAUCGACGCCUCAAAAGCGAGCCUUAACAGCCAGCGAUGUGGAACCCCUCAAGCAACGUUUAUUGAAUAUGCGUCGACGACGUCAAGUGGAAUGA